ACUGUCAUUAUUUUUUCCAUGUCCUGGUUAUUUGGAGUCAACAAGCCCCCUCCACCUGGGGAAGAACCGCCAUUAAUCCCGGGAUCGCCCGGAGGAGGUGAUCAAGGUGGAGGGGAUAGCGGAGGAAAAGAUGACACAGGCGAUGGCAAGACUGCUCCUGUGUGGAGAAGCUUUGAUCCUUCAGGGCUUGAACGCGCGGCCAAAGCUGCACGAGAGCUUGAAAAAUCACGUAAGUGUAUAAAAAAAAUUUGACUUUGACACUUUAAGAAUACAGAAAAAUUUUGGUACACUACACUAUGUACAAAUUGAAGUUAAACUACAAACAGCUGAUCGUGCAUGUACAUUUUCGUAAUAUUAGAUUUUUUUAUUACUAUAUUCAACUCUAAGAUCAUUCUAAGGAGGCACUGGAAAUGGCUCGAAUGCAGGAAACAACAAAACAAUUGGAACAACAGCGCAAAAUUAAGGCAAGUGUCAUUUUUAUUUAGUUUUAUCAGACUUGGCUGUGAGACAACAAGGAAGAUGCAUGCACCAAUAUUAUUUUGGUCUCACAACAAUUUCCUUCCCCAAACAACCCUUGCCCACGAAUGGCAGACCACCCCUUUAAAUGGGUGUGGAUUUUAGAGGACUGAUCUGAAAACGGGUGUGGAAAAUGACAUUUUUUGGUAUGAAAUAGGGUCAGGAUUUGGAGAAAAGGGUGGCACACCCCCCACCAAGAAUUCCCAGGGGUACCCCACUGGGAUUUCAAGGCCAAGUUGCUUGUCAGGAUUUCAUCCUAACAGGGCCUCAUUAUGCUGGUUACAUUGAAAUCAAACAUGUGUGUCCUUGCCUCUGUCAUUUUAGGAGUUUGAGGCAAAUAUUGAAGGCAUGAAGUUGGACAAAACAAGAGUUGAGCAAGAAGAGAAAAGAAAAACUCUUGCUGCAGAGACUCAACAGCACCAACAGGUAACUUACAGUUAACUUUUACUUAAUAUUUCCAAUCUCAUUUUUCCUAAGUACUUGCAUGCUGUGUUACAGAACUGAAGAAAUUAAAUCAUUGCUUUGGCCAAACGACCUUAACCCAUUCGCCCCUGAACCGCCCAUAACCGCCCGUGCGGAUCCAGGUCCUUUCUACCCAUUGUGACGUCAUCAGUUUUAACGAUCAAGGACAACUUUCUUCGCUAACUUGUGCAGAGUGAAGAGAUCUUUCAAACCAUACCAGAAUGAGCACAAUUUAGUCAAGGACACCGGAGAAACAAGCAAAAAACCACGUGACAUUGACCUGAAAAUCUCCAUGAAAAUCUUGUUCCAUUACCCACCUACCUUUCCUUUCACCUAAUCCUAAGAUCCUAAAAGCUUUCCUUAAAACUCUUCCCACCAAAAUGAGGCCUACUAAAUGCCUAGCAAGAGAAAAAAAAAAUGAGGCAAGAAAAGCGAAAAAAGAAGGGAGGAGAGAAAGCGAAACUUAAAAGUCAAGACUGCUGUGUCACUUUUAAACCCAAAAACUAUCUCGAAAUUUUGCUUUCUGCGCAUGCUCGAACUUCGCAAGCUGAUAUUUUGCAUCUGGAUCAGAAGGCCGCGAAGUGUUCGACCUGUAAACCAGUUAGUGGUAAGUUUUAGCUCUUUAUAGCAUGACAGUGACCAGAAAACCACUCGACUAACUUCAAAACGCGUUUUUCGGCAAAAUCUCCAGGGGUGAAUGGGUUGACUAGCAUCUAGUGGCUUGAUUUAACUUCACUUUUGAGUGUUUUGUUUAACUUCACACUUCAGUGCACUAACUGACCCACCUACAGCUGGCUUCCCUAGGGAAUUUAUAGCUACCCAUAGAUCACCCGAACACUUGGCCAAAAUCGAAGUUCAUUAAUUACACUAUUUGUUUCCUGACUAGCGAAAUGCAAAAUUGUUGUUCGUGAACUUGAUGCGAGACCCCAUGCCCUUUCCGCCCUCCUUUUACUGAACUCGUUUGUCUAUCGGGUAAGUGUUCUUGCUGCGAUUUUAGACAAAAUGUUACCCUUACUGGCCCUCCUAACUGAACCCCUCUAAAAUUACUGGAUUUUAAAGAUAGGGUCACCUUUUAAUUUAUAUGAUAACUGGGCAACUUUCCGUUGUUCCAUGAAACCCUGUUGCUACUCUAGUACUGUGUAGCUGCUUUACAGGCACUCCAAAGUCCCUAUUGGAAAUUUAGGUUAACCAGUUAGCUAUUUACAAUAUUUGAGGUUGAUAGCAAGUCUGAUGCCAUGCCAACCACUUGGCCAUACUGCCAACCAUAAACAAAGCAACAUAUAUUGCUUGGUCAAAGCUCUGCUCUAAGGAAAAUUGAAGGGAGCUCAGUGCUCUGAGACUGUAAAAUAUAGGGUGUCCGGCAUAUGAUUUGUAUGAAAAAUCUGAGACUUUCUUGUUGCCUGAGGGCAAAAGUUAGGCGCCGGGGGCCACCGGGCUCUGCUAGAGCACAGCCCUGGGUGGUAAUAGCCAUUGACAGCUGUUAUCCGUAACACUCUAAACUCAAAGUUAUUAAUUAUUACUUGAAUAUUGUUGUUGAUGUUACCAGCGAGCACAAUACCAGGAUCAGUUAGCCAGGAAGCGCUACGAUGAUCAACUUACACAACAGGUAAAACCAUGUGAUUCACCGUCGCCAAUACUUCUAAACAUGAUUAAUGCAAUUAAGCUGACAACAUUCGUGCUAAUUUAAAACCAAACGUAGAGCUUAAUUUAAAGGGCUAGGGUAAGGGUUAGAGGUUAGGGUUAAAAAUAAUUUACUGUAAGUGUAAGUUCAAAAAUUUAGUUUACAUUAAAGGGUGCAAAGAAAGUCAGUUUUACAGGCUGCCAUUUGGGCAAGCUGUAGCUAGCAUGUACUAGCCCACGAGUCAUUUCAACUGGCCCCAAAACCCUUUUUGAUUAGCACGAUUGAUUACAAUCCGUCUGUAAUUUGAAUUUCCCAAAAAAAUUCACUUGCCUGUUGGGCAAGUUAAGAACAGAAUUCACUAGCCCGAAACCAAAAUCCACUAGCCCCGGGCUAUCAGACACGACUUUCUUUGCACGCUGACAUUGCCAAUUAUUUGGCACCAUGAAUGAGUAAUGGCUUGUCUUUGAUUGUUUGUCUCCGACUCCUUCUCUAAUAGCGACAUAUGAAUGAAGAUAAUUUGGCUAAGCAAGAGGAGUCAGUUAGGAAACAAGAAGCUAUGAAACGAGGUACAAUGAAUAAAAGAACUAACAGCUUAGCAAGGAAACUUGUUUAACCCUUUAAACCCUAAGAUCAAAAUGUGAAUUCUCACUUGUUGCCCCCAUUCAUUUCCUGCAGAAGUAGUGGGGAGAAGUUGAUGAAAUAUCAAGCAAGUUCAUCUUGUGUGAUCAUGUCCGUAAUUCUCAUAACCACUCUGUUUUACAAAGCAUUGAUAUUACAAGGAGAAAUUUGAUGCUGAUCACUCUUAGGGCUUAAAGGGUUAAGGCAGAGGUUCAUAGGAUCCUUGCUAUUCUUUAGUUUAUAUAGAGGUGUCUGCUUAAUUCUUCAGGCUACAGGUUUUUUGAGACGUUUAAAUUCCAGCUUGUGUGAAAUAACCAGUUUUGUUAAGAGCUUGGUUGAUAGUCUCGCCAGGGCUCAUCCCACAACACCUUUUCAGUGAGAUGUUAUACCCUCACCAAAGAGCAUCUUAAAUAGAUAUGCAUUAUCUACCAUGUGUGAGGUCAAGAUGUGUGGCUGAAUAUUGGCCAAAGUCUUUUUUUUCUUUGCUUUAUGGAUCAAGACAAAUUCAAGGUCGAUAUGAAUGCAAAAAAGAAGGAAGCCAAUAAAUUCAUACUCAAUCAUAUCAUCUUGACAAGAUAAGCUUGGUUAAUAAAGGAUUUAUUAUAGCCAACAGAACAUUUUCCUUGUAUGUAGGACCAGAGCAAGGAAAUCCCAAGUGGCCAAUAUACGGCCAUCUUACCUUCUCAUGUAUAAAUAGCCAAUCAGACCACAGGAUUGGGGUUCAUCUUGCCCGGCACUUGGGGAACCAGUCAAAUAAAUUAAAAUAAUAACAGGACACAGUUAUAAGUGCUGACUAUUUUUGGUCUCAUUGGUGGAAAAUGUCAAGUUUCCAUCAUUCUUAGUGCAGAAAGCCUUUAUGUUUUACUGCAUUGUAGGGCCAAGAAAUUCAUUAUUUCUUAUUAUUGUAUUCUCAGGAACAAUAGAGUAUCAAGCUGAGCUACAGCAUAAAAAUGAAAUGAAAAGGCUGGAAGCUGAACUAAGGGGAAAGUAAGAGAUAUUUUGUUCAUAGUACAGCUAGGAUCACAUCAUUCAUCCUCAGUGGGUGGUAUAUUAAAUUAUAAUAAUUAUUAAACUGUGCUUUUUGGUGUUAAAUUUCUCCUACCAAAUUAUAUUGUACAAUAUAAACAGCCAAUUUCAAGCAAGUCCCUGAUAGUCCUCUAUAUAUGGCUUGUGUUAUAAAUGAUUUAAUUUCGACCCUGCUGGCCAUAGAGCCUCCAGUAGAUUAUUGGUUAGAGCAUCCAAACUAGAACUCGGAGGGUCAUGAGUUUGAUCCUCACGUGGAGCCCCGAAUUUUUUGUGAGCUUUCUGGUGUUAGAUUCCUCCUUCUUUCAGAUUGUUUUUUUUUUUUGUUAUAAGAAGAUAUAACGAAGAGACAAAAUUCUCUGUUACUCCGAGUUUCGUGCUCACGCACUCAUCAGACAGUAUUUAAUACUAAGAUUAAAUUCUGUCUGAUUUGAAUUUUUUAUUUUCUUUUCAAAGUUUUGUGUAUUGAGCACUGUUUAACGGCUUUUAGCCACUUUUAUUACACGUAAUGUUUGAUCCCUGGUUUGAAUUUUAUUUUCUUUUGUUUUUGGGUGUGGUAAUGUUUGACAAUGAGUUUGAAACAAAAGAAAAUAAAAUUUAAACCAAGGAUAAAAUUGAACCACAACAUACAGUACAUAUGUAUAUUAACCUUUUUAAUGUACAUUUGAAUCCCUUAUCCUUAAUAAUAUUUUUCUACAGAAGUGUGCAAACACUGCAAUUUCAUUACCCUUUUUUACAGAGCCCAGAUAGAGCGAGAAAACAAGGACAUUAGGCUGGAAAAGAUUAGAGUGAAGGCUGCAGAACAAAGAGAAACUGUCCUACAGUCAAUCAAGUUAGUUGUGCUUUCAAUUCCUUUUACGUGUUUCCUUAAUUUGCCCAGUUUUCCCCCAUUCUUACUACAUAGUGUUAUAGUAUUCUUUUCUCCCGUUUCAGCUUUUCUUUUUGAACAUUAUUAUUUUUCAUCUCCUUGUCUCCUAUGCUCUGAUCAUGAAGCCAGUUUCUUCAAGCCUCCAACAACUCUCCUCUUGGCUUGUUAACAGUGUUACUUCUGCACCUUUUCUCCAGCCCCGCCCUUCAGUGAAUGAGUACGUUAUUUUGUACCCCUCUAAACCAAGCCAGCUCCAGCCCCCCUCUUAUCUCUGCUGAUUUCAACCAAGUCCCUGAUACAGUCCUCUAUGACUGGUAUAGUUAUAAUUAAAUUUCGACCGUGCUCACCUUAGAGCCCUCCAGUAACUGAGUGGUUAGAGCAACCGAACUAGAACUUGAAGGGUCUGAGUUCAGUUCUCACCUGGAGCUCGAAAUUUUUUCUCAGCUUUCUGGUCUUAGAAUUCUUCUUCUUCCAAAAUAUAUUGUUUCUAAUACCUACAGUUAUACCCUUUCUCCAAGCCUAUCCUCUCCUGUCUUCUCUUCUUGCCCACUGUUUGCCUAAUUGUGGAGUUUAUCUUAUCUCUUUUUUCCUUAAUUUCUCCAGGACAGCUGGAAGCAUACUGGGAGCAGGGUUCAAUGCUUUCAUCUCAGACUGGGAUAAAAUUUCAGCCACAGUAAGUUAUAAAUUCCACUAAAUAUAAUGCCCCCCAGUCUCAAGCAACAGAAUUUUUUUUUCACCAGAAAUGCAUUGUAUUCCUUACUCAAAAAUUGCCUUUCUUUCUAACUCUCACAUUGUAAAAGAAAUACGUAUGACUCAGAAAAUUACGCAAUUUGAUAUGAAAACUUUGUGUGUAAUUGCACCUUGUACAUGUACCGGUAAAUGUAUUCAGAUGAGUCGUUGUGAACAUCAUAUUAACCGUUACAAAAAUUAUGUAUGAUAGUCUCUCGAGUCCGCCAAAUCACAAACUUCGUUUUGUAAAUACGUUAAAAUGAAUAAACCAAUGGAAAAACACACCCGAAAAGGUUUCAAUUCAAUGGUCAAACCACAGGAUUUCAUCCUUUUUCUCAAUUGCCAACUCUGAUCUUGUUUUAUUUCCUCUCUCAGGCUGCUGGUUUAACACUCCUUGCUUUAGGAGUUUAUACAGCUAAAUAUGGUACUGGAGUAGGUGCAAGGUUAGUUUGGUCAUUAAUUUGUUUUUGUUUUGUCUCUGGCAAUAAACAAUUUUAUCACACACUAUAAUACAUGACAUUGGAUUGUGUCUAGGAAUUCUAGAAUUGAUUGUUUUGUGUAAAUUAUUUUCCCUCUUUUUCUUAAACCCAACUGGGAUAGCGUGAUAGUUAUUUACCUUCAGGUUUUCUGCCAUUGUGUAUUUUUUUUAACAUUAAAGCUUAUUGACUGAUUGUUUCUACAUGUAGGAAAUUUUUAAAUUACACAUUCCUAUUAAUUUGGCUUUCCUGUGGUUGUGUUUGAAUAUGAUGUUUCACAAUAUUAUUUUGUUUGAAAACUUUGAUCAAGGGCUGAAAUUGCCUAAAUUUGUGGACUUAGCCCCUGUAACACCAUAUGUAAGGUGUCAGGCUUAUAUAUGGGUAACUUUUCACAUCCUUACAAUAGGUGAUUGAGUCUAUGCUCAAAUUACCAGCUAAUGUUCAAUAAGUUAGCCUGCACAAAGAACAAAUACAAUACUCAAGAGGACGGAAACCGUGUUAGAAUAAGACAAGUUUCUGUUUGCAUUGUAGAUAUAUUGAAGCACGUCUGGGAAAACCAAGUCUUGUCCGCGACACCUCAAGAUUAAGUGUCUUUGGUACUGUAAGACACCCUGUACAGGUACAUUUGUGUACAUUUGUAAAGAUGCCUGGAAUGUUAUCUUAUGUUAUUUAUUAUUGAGUUACAUGACUGUUAAGCUUCCUUUUACCUCUAGCUGUAGCUCUUAUUAAGUAAGCAUCCUUGUCUUCUGUUUUUUUUUUCUUUAGACUUUUAGGAAGAUGUUCGUUAACUAUGAAGACUCACUACAAGGAAUAAUUUUGAAAGUAAGUAUUUUUUCUUUAUUAAAACCUGGGUGCACUUUUACUGAUUAUAAGUAUUUGACUGGGAAAAAAAGGUGUUUUAGAUUGGUGGUCACAUACGAAAGGCGGUCACACGUGGGGGCUCCACUGUAUCCCAGAGUCACUGUAUGAACCUAUUUCUUUGAACCUAUUGUAGAAAUGUUUCUCAUGCAUGUUGAUUUAAUUUGUAGCCUUCCCUUGAAACAAGACUCCAAGAAGUUAGCAAAGCAACAGCAAAUACAAAGAAGAACAAAGGGCUUUACAGAAAUUUACUGUUUUAUGGGCCUCCUGGGACGGGCAAAACUAUGUUUGCAAAGGUAAAGGUGAAAAAAAUGUUAUAUUAGAAUGUGGGAGGUAAGCUUAACUUUGUUAAAGUGUGCAACAACAUGUGUAGCAAUACCCUGCAUCGCAGAAUGUAAUCUAACCCUGGUUAGUACAUCAUCAACAUCAAUUUUCUCCUAACAACAUCAGCAUAUCAUUAAGAGUAAAGGUUAUGAGAAUUACUAAAUUGAUUACCAAAGGGGAACGCUUUGAUCUUAAACCAGCUUAUCAGACUUCUAUCUUUUGUGAAAUAAAAAAUUUGCGAAUAAAUCAUAGUUGAGAAGAAUUUGCACAGUAGUGGAUAAGAUCCGAAGAGUUUCUUAACUGGUGAAGAACCCAAUGAGCUACUUUCUCUCUGAUCCACAAUUAAAUUGCUCCACGUCUUUUUUGUUGUAGAGCCUCGCCAAGCAUUCUGGUAUGGACUAUGGUAUCAUGACGGGAGGUGACAUUGUUCCCAUGGGAAAAGAGGGCGUGACAGCCAUGCAUAAAGUGUUUGACUGGGCCGAGACCUCAAGACGGGGGUAAGAAAUGUACUGUUGUAAUAUAUAGUCCAGAUUUGGAAUAGUGCAUGCGCCAGGUAUCCAGUAUCACGCCACCACAAUGCUAACAAAUUCGUCAAGAUUUUCUCCCUUCGCGAGUAACUUCACUGAUUUUACGACCGCUGUUUUUCUUCUGUUGUGUUUAGGUUAUUACUGUUUGUAGAUGAAGCAGACGCAUUCUUGCGGAAACGUAAUCAGGUAAAAAAAGGGAACAAGUGCAUUUUAUUUUGUUUUUGAAUUUGGUGGAUGAUAUUUACUAGAAGGUUUUUAUCUCAACCUUUAGGAGAAAAUGAGUGAAGAUCUUCGGAGUACUCUCAAUGCUUUCCUCUACAGAACUGGAGAAUCUUCUCGCAAGUAUGGUUUCUUGUCCUUUCAUAUACUGAUAAAAAGAGGCUGUAUAAACAAAGUUACCGCCUUCGGAUAAAAACGCGAGCCAAAAAGCCCUGGGAACGAGGUUGCGAGCCAAUUGACCACUAAUUCCUCUACAGAAAAUACCAUAACAGACCAUAAUGCUCUUAGUUUGUCACCCCAAAAUUUUGCAUAACCAUUGUCUUCAGUUUCUCUUUGGAGUUAAAAUGGCCCCAAGAGAAAAAGAAAGCAAUGCUUAUGCAAAAUUUUGGGGUGACAAACAUAGAGCAUUAUGGUAUGUAAUGGCAUUUUCUGUAGUGGUCAAUUAGAUCCUCCAAAUCAAUAUAGAUAGCCUGCAGUGCAGGCGUAUUUUGGGUGGGCGAAACCUUGUUUGUAUUCGUAAUAUUGUUGUAGCCGCCAUCUUUGAUUUUAUGACAGUGGAAGAUUGGGGAGAGUAGAAAUAGUAACCCUUACGGUAGGUGCGAGGGCGAAAGAAGGAAAGGGGGGAGGGGGAGGGGGAGGGGAGAAAAAAAAUACUUCUCUCUCCCCGCCCCCUCCCCGCUCCCUUUGACUCACCCCAUCUCUUCCUCUCUUCGGGAAGUUUCAACAUGGCACUUUCGCGAGCAAAUUUCGCGCUCAAAGAAAACGCCUGCACUGCAGGCUACAAUAUAGACGAAUCGUGUGCCAAACGGGGGUUGAGAGGCUUUAGUUAAAGUUAGGUUGCGUUAGCUGAUUGGUUAAAAAAGUGGUGCAACUUUUUUUUUAAAAAAAAGUCUUAGAGCAAAGCGUGAAUUUCUGUUCUGGACAUAACUAGAAACCGUUUCCUAACAGUUUGGCGGGGCACCCUCGGAAUUUAACGCCAUGUCUCGCCUUCAGAGAGUUGUUGACGAUAAAGAGAGUUAAGCUACUGUCAAGAAAAUGUUAUUUGUCGAAAACUCUCCAAUCAGUUAAGUCCCCCUGCAAGAUGUCAGUUUGGCUUGUGGAUAUCUCUGAGAAAUAUUUGUAAGUAACCUCAAUCGCUAAUAUUUGAGGCGGGUCCGCAAUAGAUUGUUCAGGAUGUGGGAUUUGCCCUCUUUAAAGGGCGGGAUUCGGGAUUUUAAUGAGAAAUGGCGCGCGAUUCGGGAUUGAAAGGAGGAAGUUUAAGCAGCAACGACGGCGACGGCUACAAAAACGUCGCUUAAAAAGUGAAUUCGCACCGCUUCAAACUUUAUCGCGCUUAUUCCAUCUUGUUCAAUACGUCGAAUGUUGGCAAUUUUUUGUGAAGUUGAAUUCUAAAAGACUGUAUCAAAGUUCAGGAGAAAAAAAAGAAAGUUGUUGUCUUGUGUCCACGUCUUUUACAAAACGUGAAAUUAGGCAUUUUCUCGUCGUAAUCGUGCAGUGACGGCAAAGAAAUGUACAAAAAAGCGUGAUGCACGUGCAAAGUUAUUGCGGUUUUGCCGUUUUCGUUGACGUUGCCGUCGUCGUUGCUUAAAGGUGAUGUUAAACGGAACGAUUCGCAACGACGGUUUUUAUGCACAACACAGCGCUGCAAUGUUGGAACAAUGUUGUAACCAUUCGAAACAAUGCCGCAACAAUGUUGCAACGCUGUGUUGCGCUAAAAAUCAUCGUUGCGAAUCGUCUCGUGUAACAUCACCUUAAGCUCCCUACUAUUCGGGAGAUGAGGGAUGCUGCAAUAACCCUCGGGAUUACGGGAUUGAAGUGCCCUUUGAGAAUUCGCUUCAUAUUUAACGGAUGAGCUUCUUUUCGCAUACUCAGGUUUAUGUUGGUCCUUGCCAGUAAUCAGCCAGACCAGUUCGACUGGGCGAUCAAUGACAGGUUGGACGAGAUGGUCGAGUUUGAUUUGCCAUCCCUCGAAGAAAGAGUGAGGCUUGUCCGUCAGUAUUUUGAAGAACACGUUUUAAAGCCGGCCACCACAGGAUCUCGGGCUGGGUAAGUUUAAUCAUCUCGCUCAGGCAAACACGAGUAGCAAAAUGUGAAACGUGACCUUGAGAGAAAUAAGCGUUGACAGGCCAAACACGACUCAUAAGCUCGUGAUAAUGUGAAACGUGACCUUGAGAGUCUGCUUGAACAGUGGUUCUCUUUCUUUUUUCUCUCGCGCGAAGGUUACUAGCACUACACAGUGCAAGACGUGUAGCAUUCUAAACGUCAUUUUCCUCAUUUUCUCUCGUCUUUUGCCUUGCACCAAAUUUUCAACGCCAGGAAGGCUGUUUUUACCUGGGGGCGCUUCCGAUAUUGAAGUGAUAGGAAUGCUCGUCGGAAGGGAGGGAGACCAAUGUGGGUGUCGUUCAAGCUUAAACUGACUCCCAAAUGAGAUUCCUGUGUGGUCAGUGUCGCGCUUUUUUUGUAAAUUUCUUUAUGCACGGUGCUAAGCGAUACCUGAAUGGGCAAAUAUAGAAUCUUUCCAUCUCAAACACCCUAAGUGAGACCAAAAUCUGCGAGCUUGUCGCUUUUGUAUGGGAGUCACCCCGCGCGUUUUUGCGGCCGCCCGCGAACUAAAUUUACCUUCGAGGUUCAAGUAUUGAAGCCACCCGUGUAGGAAGAGGAUCAAUUUCUAACAGUGCUUGCUUAAAAAACAGUUUACUGUCAUUGUUAUUUAAUUCCAAAACCAUUACCAACAUGAUUUUGUGUAACAUAAUUUUUGGUGCCAUUGUUCGAGUCUUAAUCGAAGAUGAAGCUAACUCUACAUUGUUUCCUUAGGAAACAUUCCUUAGGAACAUUCACUUUGUUCAGUAUUUGACGUUUUAUUUUCGCGUUUCAGUCGGUUGAAGAUCGCAAACUUUGACUUCAAUGUGAAAUGUCGUCAAAUAGCCGAAGUGACUGAGGGACUUUCAGGGAGAGAAAUUUCCAAAAUAGCAAUUGCCUGGCAGGUGAGUUAAAUCUGAACACGAACUAAAGAGACGUCUCGAAACGAGAAAGGUAACGAGGAAAACCAAAACUUUCGAGCGCCAAUUGGGACUUUUGCUAGGGACAACGAAAAGAAAAAUGGCCAAUAGCUGAACGGCGCAUGCCCAUUAACGAUCCCAGAAACAAUUGCGGGACGCAUUUCGGCUCCAGUUCCCUUUGGUCGUCACUUGUUUCCAUCCGCCAAACUGACAUUUUCCUCUCAGUGGCUCUCACAAGGCAUUUUUUACAUGAAAUUUCUCUGUCUCUUGAAAUUUCUGUUCAUAAAAGUCUAAUUCUCUUCAAUUUUUAAGGAAAAAAAAUUCAGGACGGCACGAGUAGGAUUCGAUCUCGGAGCAUCGGCUCUGCAGUGCAUCACUUUAACCCCUACACUACCGAGAAUUUGCUGACAAUAAGUGGUUUGAUUUGAGUAUAUAUAGCAACAACCCUAACCCUAACCCUUAACCCUUAACGCUAACCCUUACUUUGUGUACGAAUCAUUAAUCUGUCAACGUCAGUUUGGUGGAUGGAAAUAAGUGUUGACCGUGGCGAACAAGCUCUAGUCUGAAAUGUCAUCCGUCUCUUCGCCCCACGCGGAAAGGCUGCAAGACUAAAAGGCACACUCAUGGCCGCCAACUAGAUAUUUAUGCAUGAUUACAUGAAUUAGUCUGUGAUGUCACAGGACGGUAUUAUAACUCUGUGAAUAGCUCACAUUCGAUAAAUCAAAAUUCUAACAUGACAUCUCAAGCUUUCUGGUCAUGUUUCUAUAUUUGGUUUGGUUUUCUUUGUGCUUAAGUCUCUUCUAGGAAUUGCGAGACAGUGGAGUCUUAAAAAAUUGCCAGUUUUGUCCCUAAAGCCUUGGAGUCAUGUUAGACUUUUAAUAUAUCGAAUGUGGGCUGUUCAGACGUUUCUCUCGCCUUGCCGCCUGUUGGGUUGUCUCAGAGUAGACAAGCUCAGGCUUUUUGACUGUUGAUUGUUCUUUAAUUCCAGGCUAGUGCGUACGGCUCCCCCGAUGGCGUUCUUACCGAAGAAAUGAUGGAUGAAAGAGUUCAAGAGGCUGUUAGGCAACAUAAGCAGAAAAUCGAAUGGCACAGCACCGAACUUCCUGGCGAAACAACUGCUUCGAAUACGACGACUCAGAAAAACAGAGACUCUGUACUCAAAAGAACUCAAGAUAAUAAAUCAAAGAAAGGUUGAUUUAUUUUGAAAUUUUUGUUUUUAUUAAGGCGACCUCAGAACGUCCGUAUACCUGGCGAUUUUUUUGCCACCAAACAGAAAAUUGGCUGCUUGUGACGACGUUGGCAAAUGUUCGCAAAAACUGUUUGUUCCUCCGCCUUGUUUCUGUUUUAAGAAAGCUCUUGUGCGAAGCAAAGCGCGACCAAUUUUCCUAUCGGAGCUGAUUUCUGGAUAGACCAUUAGUCAUGUAGUGGGCUUAAUUUCAUUCCAAGAUGGCGUCGUCCAGAACAAAGUUAUUUGAGCAGGUUCGAAUGGCGACACAACGACAAAUCUUUCAGCUCGCGAGGAAAAGAAAAAGGUCAUUGGUAUGAUGGUCGUCAACGUUACCCGAGGAAUAAAACUACAGUGAAUGGCUUCAAAGAGUAACUCUGGGACAAGGAUCGCUUUUCCUUGCUUUUGGUAAAUCAGUGUGCAGCGGAGGGUUAAAUUACAGCAGGGAACAUUUGUCUGUUCCCAGGUUGUGAAAACUGAGUUUUACUGGCCGUAUCUGGGUACUUUGCAAAUAACAAUUACCAAUGCGUCACCGCUAGAUACUGGAAACACAAAUUCGCCUCUCACAAUAAGAAGCAAGGUCACUGACUUCCUCGUGCCCACAUGUGGGUUGCGCUUGCUUUAAGCGUGGAUAACAUCCUAUGUUGAACGCUUUCGUUGGACGAAUGACGCGGGAAAAUUUAAUUUAAAGAAAAACAAUCGUUCACGUACUGGAUUCAGGAUUCUUUGUCACUGGAAUUUGGAUUCCGGAUUUCAAUGGUUAGUGGGAUUCCGGAUUCCUUGAGCUAGAUUCCGGAUUCCAAAGUCCAGGAUUCCAGAUUCCACUGGCAAAAAUUUCCUGGAUUCCGAAUCUGAAUGCCCUUACAUGAAACGAAAAACAAAAUCAAAUACAGAAGUCCGGUCUUAAGCUGUAGUGUCUUGAAAUCUAUCGUUAGCUAAUGAUUGGUAAUUUUGUGAAAUUAUUGCUCAUUGCUUUCAAGGAUGAGUUUCAAUGCCCGAAAUCUAUAAGGAGUUUCGUUUCAUUUCUACAUACAUGUAACCUUGUAUCAUUUCAGCGGGUCUGAUGAUCAGUUGUGCCUGUCGAGGAAUUCACUCUUGU